UGCCGUGCCCGCUGGAUGCGCCGGGAGCCGGAGCGGGGCUGCGGGGCCGGGGCAGGAUGCGGGGCUCGGUGCUGCGCCGCGCCGUGCCGCUGCUCGGCUGCCUGCUGGCCGCGGCAUCCAGCACGAGACCAGAGUGCAGCAUCAUGCAGGAGAUCGAAGAGGAGCGCAGCCAAUGCCUGGCAGAGCUGACCUGGGACAACCAGACCUCAGGCUGCAGGAGGCAGUGGGACAACAUCACGUGCUGGCCCGAAGCAGAGGUGGGAGAAGUCGUGGUGCGGCCAUGCCCCAAGUACUUCAGAUUCCUGACCUCCUACCUGGGGAAUGUGACCAGGAAUUGUACAAGCCAGGGCUGGUCAGAUGUGUACCCUGCACCCUACGCUGUAGCUUGUGGAUAUGAUUCCAACAGCACUCCAGGGGAAGAGCAAACGGCGUUCUACGGAACGGUCAAGACCGGCUACACCAUCGGACACACCCUGUCCCUCAUCGCCCUCACGGCUGCCAUGAUCAUUCUGUGUCUCUUCAGAAAACUACACUGUACUCGAAAUUACAUUCACAUGCACCUCUUCAUGUCCUUCAUCAUGAGAGCCAUCGCAGUCUUCAUCAAGGAUGUCAUCCUGUUUGAAAGUGGGGAGUCCGAGCACUGCUUUGUGAGUUCAGUGGGCUGCAAGGCCAUGAUGGUUUUCUUCCAGUACUGUGUCAUGGCCAACUUCUUCUGGCUGCUGGUGGAGGGGCUGUACCUCCACACCCUGCUGGUCAUCUCCUUCUUCUCGGAGAGGAAGUACUUCUGGUGGUACAUCCUGAUCGGCUGGGGUGCCCCCUCCGUGUUCAUCACUGCCUGGACAAUUGUCAGGAUUUACUUUUUCGAUGUUGGGUGCUGGGAGGAAAUAGUGGAAUCCCCAUUCUGGUGGAUCAUUAAAACUCCUAUUUUGGUGUCUAUUUUGGUGAACUUCAUCCUCUUCAUCUGCAUCAUCCGUAUCUUAGUCCAGAAGCUGCAUUCCCCAGAUGUUGGGCACAAUGAAACCAGCCAAUAUUCGAGGCUGGCCAAGUCCACUCUGCUGCUGAUCCCUCUCUUUGGCAUUCACUACAUCAUGUUUGCUUUCUUCCCUGACAAUUUCAAAGCAGAAGUGAAGCUGGUCUUUGAGCUCGUGGUUGGGUCAUUCCAGGGGUUUGUGGUGGCUGUUCUGUACUGCUUCCUCAAUGGAGAGGUGCAAGCUGAGCUCAAGAGGAAGUGGCGGAGGUGGCACCUGGAGCGGUUCCUGGGCUCGGACAUGAAGUACCACCACCCUUCCCUGGGCAGCAACGGCACCAACUUCAGCACCCAGAUCUCCAUGCUGACCAAGUGCUCGCCAAAGACGCGCCGCUGCUCCGGCUUCCAGGCCGACUUCUCCCUGGUGUGAGAGGCUCCCCAGGCACUGAGCAUCCAAAACUGGGACACGAGGAUCCCCAGGAAUCAGUGAUCCCAUGGCAAACCCCUGUGAAAUGACCUGCUCCACUUGAGCCAACAGAGGACGCGCAACUGGAAAAGCCGCUGGCAUCCAGGAUGAGAUUGGACAAGCCAAGAGGCAGAGAAACACUUUUGCUCUCCCUCUUUUCAGGCCUUUCACUCUUCAAUUUCAAGCCCUCAGGGAUUGAUAGCUCUGAGGAAUUGUCCAAGCUGCUUGAGGACAGCCUGGGAGAUGCUGGUGUGUCAUAAAUAAUGAAGUACUGGGGUAAGGGAGGGAGAGCCUCAGUCCUCAGUGGCUUUACCAGAACUGGCAUCUCUAAAACAGACAAAUUGCACUUUUUUUUUUUUCUAAAAAAAAUGAGCCAGUAAAGGAGAGACAGAGGCAGGAAGCAGGGAAAAAAACCCACCAAACAUAUGAAUGUGCCAAAAUUCCUGUGAAUAUGAGGUGAUGAUACAGCACCAAAGGUGGUGCUGGGGACAUGGGGAGAAGGGACAGGAGGAACAUGAGCAGGAAUGGAGAGGCCAGCACAUGGCUCCCACGUUUUACACAGGUGGAGAUGAAUCUGCAGCACCAGGAGAGCCCCUCGGAGGAUGCCCCAGUGUGUUCUGCUAUUUCCCCACCAUCCUUGGGAGCAGGAGCUUUCCAGGAACCCUGUGGAAGAGCAGAUCACUGAGAAGGACCAGCGUGAGGACGCCCUUCUCUGCACUGUGUUGGUGACAUGGUGCUUUGCUUGGUUGUGUUCCAUGAACAGGAAACUCGAUUUGCAUGUAUAAAAACCAAGGCCAGAUGCCAAAAGCAGAGCACGGCUGUGUCUUUUCAUUC